CAGAGGGGACUCAGGGCCGGCCCCGCUCCCGCCUCCCGCCAAUGACGGCCGGGCUCGUCAGCGCGCGCGUCACGGGGCGGUGCCAAGAUGGCGAAGGUGUCGGAGAUGUACGACGUGACUUGGGAAGAUAUGCGUGAUAAAAUGAGGAAAUGGAGGGAAGAAAACUACCGAAACAGUGAACAGAUAGUGGAUGUUGGAGAAGAGUUAAUUAAUGAAUAUGCAUCUAAACUUGGAGAUGACAUUUGGAUAAUUUAUGAACAGGUGAUGAUUGCUGCCCUGGACUGCAGUCGAGAUGAUCUGGCAUUGUUUUGUCUUCAGGAACUAAGGCGGCAGUUUCCUGGGAGCCACAGAGUUAAACGAUUAACUGGAAUGCGAUUUGAAGCUAUGGAAAGGUAUGAUGAUGCUAUCCAGUUAUAUGAUAGAAUUUUACAAGAAGAUUCAACUAAUACAGCAGCAAGAAAGCGUAAGAUUGCCAUUCGAAAAGCCCAGGGGAAGAAUCUCGAGGCCAUCCGAGAGCUGAAUGAGUAUCUGGAACAAUUUGUUGGAGACCAAGAAGCUUGGCAUGAACUUGCAGAGCUUUACAUCAAUGAACAUGACUAUGCAAAGGCAGCCUUCUGCUUAGAGGAGCUUAUGAUGACUAAUCCACACAACCACUUAUAUUGUCAGCAAUAUGCUGAAGUUAAAUACACUCAAGGGGGUCUUGAAAACCUUGAGCUAUCAAGAAAGUAUUUUGCACAAGCACUGAAGCUUAACAACAGAAAUAUGAGAGCUCUGUUUGGACUUUACAUGUCUGCCAGUCAUAUUGCUUCCAAUCCAAAAGCAAGUGCAAAAAUGAAAAAGGAUAAUAUGAAAUAUGCCAGCUGGGCAGCAAACCAAAUAAACAGAGCAUACCAGUUUGCAGGUCGCAGUAAGAAAGAAACUAAAUACUCUUUGAAGGCAGUGGAAGACAUGUUGGAGACCCUGCAAAUCACUCAGUCUUAGUUUGGCACAGAGAUCCAAUAUGAAAUUUUUCAAUACCAUGCUCAACCUGUGGGUUAUGUUACUGUAGUGCUGUUAAAAGUUAAUUUUGUAUUGAUUAACGUCCUAUAUAAGAUAACAUUUUAUGAAAAGUAAAAUGCCUAUUUAUUGCUGCUAUAAGAAAUAUGAUGAAUACCCACUGAAAUGAAUAACUUUAUCCACAUAGAAAACAUAAAGAAAUUACAUGCUGCACAUCAUUUUCUUCAGAUUUUUUGUACCUACAGUACCUGCUUCUAAGCCAUAAUUUGUAGAAAUAAACUUGUUAAAUGAUUUAAAAAAAUAGUGAUUUAUUGGUCUUGCAAAUGGAAAUUAUGAUUUAUAUAUGUAGAUUAAUAACAUAUGUUAAACACUUUCGUCUUGUUUGCAUAUUUAAGAGUAAAAGCAUGCUACUGAUAUGCAUUUUCUGGAAAAUGUUUACCAUACAGCAAGGAGUGAUUAUGAGUACAGUAUAGUAGAGAAAAAAAAAGUUGAUGUUAACGGUUUUCUUAAUGAGUUGAUAUCCAGUACUGUAGAAAAGGAGAAAACUUGCUUGUGUACUUGGCUCCAGAGAUGCUCUUGUACUGGCUUAUGGCCAAAGACAUUUUUCUCUGUGGUUUUAUGGGCAAAUGCUUCCAUGUCCAUGUAAUUCUCCACUCAGUAUAUGCAUAUGCACUUUUUUUAUUCCUUCUCCGUGUCCUUUGUUGCACAUAUGUUCCACAUCAUGAAUUUCAAAACCACCUGAAUGCAAGUCUGCAUGUGCUUGUCUGUACUCAUUCUGUGCCUGCGGUCUGGGCACCCUUCACUGUGGGGUAGCUGGUGCAUUAUCUCCACAGUAACCAGGGGGAACUGCACUGCCAGGCUGAGAUGAGACAGCUUGUUCAACUGCCUUGUACUGACGGGAGGAUCACGUUUGUCACACCGUCAGCAUGUAGCAUCUAGCACACUGUAAAUCCAUACUGUGUUUGUCUUUAGGCACUGGUUUAUUUACUCAGAUAAUUAGUCAAACACCCUAAUUCAUGCAUUUUGCAGUUCUGAUCAUUCUGGAUGUUGUUCAGAUGUGUAAUGUGGCAAUUCAGUCGCACAGCUAUCAUCUCAUUUAUUACAGCUUCAGUAAGAUUGCAUAACAGCAGCAACAUACCCUCGGCAAAUUCUAAUAAAAAUAUUGCAAUGUA